GUCGAUCGUAGUAGUCGCGUGAUUCGUCGGCGCGUAACCGGUGCUGUGCAACUGUGAACUUCGACGCGUAUUCAACUUUCCGGUCGUCCGGUGUCUCGAUUCGCGAUCUUCGAUCGUUCGCCACCUGCGCCAAUGUUGUGAUUGCUCUUGUUGUUUUAAUCAUUGGCCCAGUAUCAGUGUUAAAAAAAGCCUAAUGGAGCGCCACUUCGUCGUGGCCUACUACCUACAACAAACCGUUUGCUGACAGAGAGAUGCGAGAUUAUGUUUGAAAAAAAAAAGAAUGGAUCUCGCGCUGUUCUCAUCCUACUACACGUGGCAAGAGUGAUCUAUUUUUUUCGGUUUCCCUUUCGCGCGGUGUUUGUGUGGUGAUUUCGCGAAUAUUGUUUCGAGGUUAUUCACAGCGUCAGUUUUUUUGCGUUUCUUUCCUUCGUGCAAGUGGCCUACUAUUUGGGGCAGCAGCCUGCGGCGUUGUUUGCUUCCAUAUUAGCAUCCGCUGCAAUGGGAUUUAAGUGAAUGGUGUUCCCAGCGGAUUGUCAAUCACUUACAUACCUUCACGUGACGCGCCUUUGACAUGAAAACGGACGACGGGACGGCACGGUUCCUUCUAAGGAGGAUUGAUGAACCGAGUCAUCAUCAUCAUCCGGUGUUGGCGGUUUUUGCGGAUUGACAUGCGCACACGGAUUCAUCGCGACGAUUAAUUACCUACCGAUUGUGUAUUGUGCGGUUAGUGCGGUGCGAUCCUUAUGGCAAGCAAGCAAGUGCGCUUGCUGACGUAUGAAUGACAGGGAGCCUCAAUUCCAUCCGAUUCAUUCAACGGAAACCGCCAUCAGGCGCCAAUUAGAAAAGUGUCACGCGCGUAUUUUGAAGUUGUUUUGCGGCGGGGGGUGGCUCGCGAAUAGUAGGCCAAAUUCAAGGUUCGAAUAGGCACCCACAGGGGAGGCGGCCUUCGAUUCGGAGGUUGUGCCUUGCCUACUAUGAUGUGGUUAUCUGUACGUGAUGAUUGCGAAUUCUGCAUUAGACCCCCAGCUAUUUGCCACUGCGUGUCUAGUGGCGAGUGAAUUUAAAAAUAACAAAUAGGUGGCCACUGCUCUGAUGUGGAUGGAAUUUCGACCUUGGCAAUCAACCGAGGGGUCAUCCAGUGGCGUCGAAAAGCUUCAAAACAAGUGAGGAGUGUUUUCGUGGGGUGGUUAUUGGAGGGUUCACUGGAUAUCAACAGUGAUCACAACCUGUGCUUUAAAAUCGGUUGAUAUUUUUGAAAAGUGAGAGCAAAGCAAUGUGCUGAAAAUCGAAUGUUUAUUGAAGCAUUAGCUCAGAAGUGUUUCGUUCCGGAAUGUGACAUGAAGCUUGAAAACGUGCAUGAGAAUAUAAACAAAAAGGGCGAUAUGAUCCUCGAUAACUUCUGUUAGUGGCUCAAACACAAGAUUUAUCCAACCACCAUCCCCGUUGUCGUUGUCGUCGUCGUCGUCCAUCGCGGGCGAUGAUAAGCGGGUGCCCGCGAUAAACACAGCUUUCGGCAGCUAUUUUUGGAUUUGGGGGAACUAGAAAUGGGUGACAAUGGGAUUUUCCGGUGAAAAGAAGAUACCAUCGAUGAUCAAUGAUCAGUAGAUUAGCUGAGUCAGUGGGUUUGAAUCAGAAAUCGGAAAACCAAACUCAACGGGCUCAACGAUGACCGAAGCUUCUGUAGGCUGUAUUCGCUGUUCGGUGGCUCGGAUAGUGGGGAUGUUUGAGGCGCAAUCUGCGAUAAGAACAUCGGCGGUCGGUGGUUCCAGUUCAGUAGGCGUUGACGUCAAAGGGACCACCAGUUCGAUGAUGGGCGAGGACGGAGGGCUGAUGGUUUGUUUGUUGACAAGUGACAACAACGGUGGCGAACAACGAGAUAAAGAGAUGGCCGGCAGUGGCCAGGUGCGUCAGCGGAAGACGGCCGUUUUCGAGCCAUUCUGGGAGGAAAAAACGGGCGAACGUAGAAGCUGUCGAUCCGGAUCGGGGUCACUGUCAUCGGGGGUCGAAAGUGACGAAGAAUUGAUGCGAUUUCCUUGUGUCGAGCGGCUGAUCGAAAUGUACGGCCGUAUAAUUCAGCAGAAGGAGGAAGAGAUGCAACGGUUUAUGAACUCGAUUGGUGGUGGACGAGGUGAUGAAGGGGUCGUGAAAGCUGAAGGGGUUGAUAAAAGACGGCGAUUAGAUAAGACGGCCGCCGUCGCGCGUUCGGGUGAUAAGACAGGUGUGAGAGCUGCCACUCGGGGACAGUCUAGGUUGGGUAACAGUACGACUUCAACCGGCCAGCAGGAGGCAGACAACAGCAACCGAACCAGGAUCCGAAUCCGUGAUAGUCGAAGCCCAGUUUCGGAUGACGGUUGGACCAGUGCUGCUCAACAAAUUAGUCCACUGUACUCGAGCGACGAGGAAGAAAACGGCCAACGUCGUAGCCAAGAGAUGAAGAACCGAGACAAAGUUACUCGCUCCUCAAGUUCCGAUUCGGCCCUCGGGCUAGACGAAGAAAUUGGAGCACAGGAACAGCAACAGAUCAUCAACAGUGUCGGUAAAACUCGCCGACUUACCCUAGGUGUCUCGGACAUCCCCCUUCGAUCGGCUCUACUUCCUGUUCCGGAGCCAGCCCUACUCCCAACCGCCGAUAUGGUCACCCUAACCACAGACUACUGUCCACAGGUCGUCCGCAGCAAAAUGAUCCUGGAGGCCAAACUCAUCGAACUUCCGCUACACAACACUAGUCACCCCAACAACACCCAGGAUUCCGGUUCAACGGAAUGUCUCAGCAACACGAUCUCGCGGCGAGAAUCUGCCCAAAGCUACAUAAGCGACUCCGGCGUCGAUGGCGUCCGAUACGUCCGGACCCCCUCCGUUGUCGUCUCCGACUACUCGGACGACACCAUGUGCGGCAUCACCCUGGAGGAAAUCGAAUACCUCAGGCGCCACCGACUCCGUAGAGCUUCCACCGACUGUGAAUCGGACAUCAGUGCCGCCUCAUCCUGCAGCAACCUCAACUACUGUGGUUCCUCCAUAAGUGCCCUGGAGGGAUGCGACUAUCAGCAGUGCGGUCUUCGCACCCCGGAACGUAAAGUGUCCGACUGUUCCACCUGUUCGACGCUCAGCUGCGAGGAAGAAACCCACGCCGAAACGACGGAAGUUUUGAGACAGAGGCUUCAGGAUAUCGGGCUGCGACCUCCGGUCGCUGAAUCCGGUGAUAAAACUCACUCGCCUGCAGUUGAUCUUCAAGCGAAACGGCGCAGCAAGAAAAAGGUUUGUAUUCAUCAUCACAGUCACAGUCAUCACCAACAUAAGCAACCAUGAAAGGACAGUUAAAGGAAACGGCGCGGAGGGGAGAAGUUCAAAUAAUCACAACAACAACAACAACAACAUAAUUAUAUUGUAGUCUAUAAAUGAAUAAAUCGAUAAGCUCGACACAGAAAUGAGGUCAAGGUUAAUGAUGGUCUUCUGUUCGCUUUUUUCUAUUCAGGUAUACAUAUGUGACAA